AUGCCGGGUCGGUUGGACGAGUCGUUAGAUGAUGAGCCCGUGGUCAUACCUUUCAAUCAGCUUAAAAAGAAUAAAUUUGCACUUACAACUUCCUUAAAGGAGGAAAAUGUUAAAGCAAAAAGCGAUGCUAGGCGUAGGAAUCAUUUUAGGGAUCCUCGCUUUGAUCCUAGAGUAAACGGAGUUUGUGUUCUUAGUGAUUGGAAGGUUUUAUCUGAAGAAAGGGAAGAAACGUUGAAGAAAUUGAAGAGAGAUCUUAAAAAGGUCAAAUCUAGUGAGUCACGGGAAAAGAUUAUGAAAGCUAUCAAGAUUCUUAAACAGCGUCAAGCUACAGAGAAGGACAUUGAGAUUAAGCGAAGGGUUAAGCUUAAUCUUCAGAAGGAGCAAAUGGAGAAGCUCAAGGCUGGUCAGCGCGCUUCCUUCCUCACAAGAAGCGAAUUGAGGGAGAAGGUGAGGCAGGAAAGGCUUAAAUCACUGAGUCAACGUGAAAAGGAAAAGUAUCUCUCCAGACAGUCAAGAAAGAAGUAUGAGUCUAACGCCUUUGAUGACUAA